AUGGAUUCGAACAGCAAUUUUCAGAAGAAGCUGGUGAGAGGGGAGUUUGGAUAUGUUCUUCAAGAUGUGCCUCAUUUCGCCGAUUACAUUUCCGAUCUCCCCACUUAUCCAAACCCACUACGAUCAAAUCCUGCUUAUUCCGUUGUCAAGCAGCACUUUGUUGACAUGGAUGAUAGUGUCCCGGAAAAGGUUGUUGUUCACAAGGAUACUCCAAGAGGAGUACAUUUUAGGCGGGCUGGACCUCGCCAAAAGGUUUAUUUUGCUUCAGAUGAGGUGCUUGCAUGUAUCGUGACUUGUGGUGGUCUGUGUCCUGGACUAAACACAGUGAUAAGGGAAAUUGUACAUAGCCUUGACUAUAUGUAUGGGGUCAACAAAGUCCUUGGAAUCGAUGGAGGUUACCGGGGUUUCUAUUCAAAGAAUACCAUUACUUUAACACCAAAGAUUGUGAACGACAUACACAAGCGUGGUGGAACCAUAUUGGGAACAUCUCGAGGUGGUCAUGACACCACUAAGAUUGUUGACAGCAUCCAAGACCGUGGAAUUAAUCAGGCAUUAUUACUGGCUCAGGUUUAUAUAAUUGGAGGAGAUGGCACCCAGAAAGGAGCAUCUGUGAUUUAUGAGGAAAUUAUAAAGCGUGGUCUGAAGGUUGCUGUUGCAGGUAUUCCCAAGACAAUUGAUAAUGAUAUCCCGGUUAUUGACAGGUCCUUUGGUUUUGAUACUGCUGUAGAGGAAGCUCAGCGUGCCAUAAAUGCUGCGCAUGUUGAAGCUGAGAGUGCAGAAAACGGGAUUGGUGUGGUGAAACUGAUGGGUCGCUACAGUGGUUUUAUUGCAAUGUAUGCCACGCUGGCUAGCCGGGAUGUGGACUGUUGUCUGAUUCCAGAAUCUCCAUUUUAUUUAGAGGGAAAAGGUGGACUCUUCGAAUAUAUAGAGAAAACACUCAAAGCAAAUGGGCAUAUGGUCAUUGUUAUUGCUGAAGGAGCAGGACAGGAACUUCUUACGGCGAAAAACGAACAAGAUGCUUCGGGAAACAAGCUGCUUCAAGAUGUCGGGUUGUGGAUUUCUCAAAAAAUAAAGGAACAUUUCGCGAAGCAAAAUAAACUUCCAAUCACUCUAAAGUACAUAGAUCCAACUUACAUGAUCCGUGCUAUUCCUAGCAAUGCUGCUGACAAUGUGUAUUGCACUCUCCUUGCUCAAAGUGCUGUCCAUGGAGCAAUGGCAGGGUACACAGGCUUCACAAGUGGGCUUGUCAAUGGUCGUCAAACGUAUAUCCCCUUCUAUCGUAUUACGGAAAAGCAAAACAUGGUUGUAAUAACAGACAGGAUGUGGGCAAGGCUUCUGUCUUCGACCAAUCAACCGAGCUUUCUGGGACCAAAAGCUGGUGAAGAUGAAGUAAGAGAAUGCGAUAGUGAGAACCCAGGAACGAAAUUCAAGGUGACCGAUCUGUUAAGAUGCCUCAGCUGCGGGCAAUGA